AUGCGAGUCCUCAUCAGCGGCGCCGGCAUCGCGGGACCCACGCUGGCGUGGCACCUGGCCAAGGCGAUCGACGACGUCGAGAUCACGAUCCUGGAGCGCAACCCUUCGCUGCUCAAGCAGGGGCAGAACAUCGACAUCAAGGCGGGUGCGCUCAACGUCAUCAAGAACAUGGGCCUGCUCGACGAGAUCAACCGCCUCAACACGAGCGAAAAGGGCACCCACUUCCUCGACCCCAAGGGGCGUGUCUACGCCAGCUUUCCCGUGCGCGACGGCAUCGAGGCGAGCCUGACGUCGGCCCACGAGAUCCUCCGCGGCGACCUGGGCGCCGUGCUGUACGAGGCCACAAAGGACCUACCCAAGGUCAAGUACCUCCUCGGCGUCACCAUCGCCAAGGUCAUCUCCAACGACGAGCGCUGCGCCAAGGUCGAGCUGAGCAACGGCGACGUGGGCGAGUACGACUUUGUCGUCGCCGCCGACGGCCAGUGGUCGCGCGUGCGCCGGUGGUGCUUCCCGCAGGACUCGGUCGAGAUCGUGUCCAAGGAGACCUACUACUGCUACUGGACCAUCCCGCGCGUCCCCUCGGACAUCGACUGGUGGUACAUCUACACGGCGCUCGACUCCAAGGUCUUGAGCCUGCGUCCGGACCCGCACGGGACGAUGCGCGCCACCAUGACGCGGAUGCCGACGACGGACGCGGAAAAGGCGGAGUGGGCCAAGGUGUCGCGCGGCGACCGCCAGGCGCAGGAGGACCUGCUGCGCCGCGAGUUCGCGGGCGCCGGGUGGCAGGCCGAGCGCCUCCUCGACGGCAUGGCAAAGGCCGACGACUUCUUCUUCCAGCCCCUGGUCCAGGUGCGCAUGCAGCAGUGGUCGACGUCGCGCGUCGUGUGCAUCGGCGACGCGGCCCACGCCGCCACGCCCCUCACGGGCAUGGGCACCUCGCUCGCCCUGAUGGGCGCCUACAUCCUCGCCGGCGAGAUUGCCAGCCUCGAGCCCGGCCAGCACCCCGCCAAGGCGUUUGAGGCCUACGAGGCCGCCUUCAAGCCCUACGUGCUCAAGAUCCAGGACAUCCCCUCGUUCAUGCCCGGCGUCACCUACCCGGGUUCCGGCCUCAAGCGCUGGAUCCUCCAGCGGGUCAUCGGGUUCAUGGCCUCCGCCAUCUCGGUCCUCGCCUGGAGCCCGUGGGUGUUCAAGAAGAUGUUCGGCGACGGCGAUGAGGAGUUCCCCCUGCCCGCCUACCCGGCCUUCCAGGCGUUGGGCUCGCAAAGGGAGAAGGCCAAGUGA